UCGAGUUUUGUUACGUAGUGUGAUUGUUGAUAACAGUAGUCGCAUUUUUAAUGCAACUAUCGAAUGAUUGGUAUUGGUUUGAUGAAAUCAUUCAAGUUCAUGUACGUGGCAGCCAGUAUUUGUGUUUCUCUCCUGGAGAGAAGAGACGGUAUAGAAUAACGCGGUAUUUUAAUGAAAAAAAAUGACAGAACUAGUGGUGGACGCACUGCCAUCGCAGACAAAUAACUCGGAAACUCUUCAACAGCUGAAGAUUGAUUUGGAAGUGUUGAAAAACGUGGAGAAAGACUUGGAGAAUCACGAGAAAUUGACUCUCCUCUUUUUAAUUCUGGAGGACUACAACUGUUUUCAACAAGUUUACGAGGCAUUUUGUGUGCUGAAUGUGGAGAACAUUUUGUCGAAUUUUGCGGGAAGCAUCCGCGAAUGGCAGAUGAAACUCUUCGAGGCUCUUUGCAUCACGAAAGCAAAAAGGGAGAUCAGAUUCUUAGGGCUCAGCUAUGACGAAUUGGAGCGAAUAUUUGUGCCUGCUGCGGUACACCUGGAACCACCGAAUUCGGGGAGAACUCAGGUUCAUAUCGGAGCAAAACUCCUAUUUUAUCUUUUUGACAAGGACCUGGGUGAGAAGGAGAGGAUAAAGCUCCUGGGGAAGGUUUACGAGCAAAUUAGACCCCCCGAGGAGCUCAAGAAUAACGAUCCUAUGGAAAUUCAUGCCCUUUACUGGAUCCAACAAAGAUAUAUUGCAUUAACAUCAGAUGGUCGGGGAAACUUGGAAAACCUUCUGAAGCCACUGAAGGCGAUGGGACUCUCAGAGCACACGAGGUACUUGGACCUGCAAAAAUACUCCUCAAAAGCCGGAUUAAAAAUUCCCUCUCUCCCAAAACCCCUUGAAAAAGUGCCUUCGCUCCCCACAAUUCCUCAGGCUUCCAAUUUGAUCCAAUCAGCGUACGUGGUAGUCCUCAAUGUUAUUAGUAUCCCCAACACCCUCUACGAGGACAGAACCAGCAGCAACGUUGACGUAGCUAGAUUGGAAGAGACUUUCAAAGGGUUACGGUACACAGUCAAGGUAUACGGCGACCCCACGAUCCACAGGAUAAAAGAAAUAUUCACCGAUCUGAAGAGUAAUUUCGAUCGUGAGAAACACGACGCCCUAAUCGUCUGCAUUCUCAGCCACGGGGUCGAGGGGCAUUUUGUGUCUCACGACAACGUCGAUGUGCCCCUGUCAUCAAUCGAGAAAUUCAUGUGCACACCGAGGCUCAGGCAUCUGCCAAAAAUUCUGAUGAUCCAGGCUUGUCAGGGCAACAAGAUUGGACACGUCAUCAAGAAUGAUGUCGUAACAGAUAGUCCCAGGGAGGCUGACAACACCAUCAACAGGAUUUCCAGCAUCAACACUGUGGAUCACGAUCUGUUCCUACAAUUUUCAGCAACGAUGAGGGAGUUCAAAGCCCUCAGGCACGUAACGGAGGGGUCUUGGUUCAUAAAUGCUGUUUGUGAUGUCUUGGCUGAGCCCAGGGGACAGGAAUCUUCUCUGUCUAUCCUCCAGUGGACGCAGAAGGUUAAUCAACUUGUCAAGAAGAACAAGGGACAACUGCGCCAGGGCGUGUUCGUUUCACAACUCCCUGAGGUCUUGCUGAGGUUCGAUGAGGACUUCUUUUUUCCGACGUAUCGCAAAGAUUAGAUGAGCAAGUGGAGCUCUCAUAUAGCUAAUUUUUUAGAUCUAUAUUUCGUGAAAAAAUUAUACUAUUUUCAUAAAUUUAACAUUAUUCAAAUUGGGAAAAUAUUUGGAAAAUGAGACAAGAUUAGUAAACUUUCACUGCACCAAGCGGGGGAUCACAUAAUUAUAGAUUAUCAGGAUGACUUCCAGGGAUGACGACAAGAGACUUUUUUUAGAAUUGAGACCUGUUUUUGUUCCGAAAAUGUCGGAAAAAUUCAGAAAUUUUUCUCGUUCAUGAGAUGCUUUGAUUAUGUAUCGGGCAAUUCUCCAUUUUAUACUUUAACGAAUGCCUUGAAAACCUGAAGGGAAGGCCUUUUCGAGGCUGAUACGCAAUCUUUUUCAUUUAUUGUAAGGAAAUGAUUUAGUUUCCAUGAUUUAGUUUCCAUUCAUUUCCAAUUUCAAGAUUUUUAUUUCUUUAUUAUUGAUUUUAUCAUCACUUCAUCCAUUUAAUUUUCUCAGCAUGAUUUAGAAAAAUUUUAUGCAUUUUGUGAUUUUCGAUUAUUGCGAGACGAACAUAUCUGGAGAUUUUUUAUCGAUAAAUAAUACAUUUUUUAAGAUUGCGAUGUAUGUAAAACGUAUAUAUGGAAAAAGAAGAAAAUAAAGUAGGACUAUUUGAGAGUAAA